AUGCUGAAGCUAAAACCAAGGUUUUCCGCAUUGACGAGAGUUUCGGAACUCAGACUUGCGUCGCAGUGGGUCAAAGCAAGGUUCGUUUGAUCUCUCGAUUUAUCCACUUUUUCUAUUUUCAGCAAUUCGGCGGCACCAGAAGACGUGAAUGUGGAAAAAUUGUUCGUCGAGACGGAUGUACAGAAACUGUUGAUGGAUUUGACCGAAAUCGAUCUGGAGAACAAAGUGUUCCGUCCAAGAAGAACUUCCAUUCAGCAGAGAUCUCACUUCGCUCUCAUGACUGAUGAGCGUCUCGAGAAGGUAUUUGUUUUUUUCAUCUACAAUCUAUACGUAUAUCUAAAUGUUCCGUAUUUCAGACUCGAGAAAGAAUGCGUGAAGAAGCCCGUCGUUUCCUUCAAUUUGUGCCCGUCAAAGAGCCCCGACAGGAGAGCGUUCAAGUGCUAUCAAAAGACGUCGAAUUGCAAGACUUUGAUACGAGCAAGUUCGUCUUCACAGACAUCACAUUCGACGCCACUGAUCAGGACCGUACUGUCGUUGUUCGCGAGCCGGAUGGAACAUUGCGAACUGCAAAUCCGGAGGAGCACGACAGAAUGAACAGAACGUUCUAUCAGAAGCCGAAUCGUCCUGUCAACCCGCCGCCACUCUUCACCGACCCUUAUCUGCAAGACGCCCUAGAUAAGAACGAGCAUGAGUUCGUUCUCGACUGGGCCUGUUGGUUCUACGAGCCAGACGAUCCGUCGUACAUCCGUCUCAGCCAGCUUGUCUUCGAUCGCAUCAACGAAUCGAACAAGUUCCGCGUGAUCACUUCUACUCGGCACUUCGGUCCCUUCGCCUUCUAUUUGGCGUUGAAUGAUAACAUUCCGCGACUUCUCAAUUAUUUCGGAGGACUGGGUCGAUUGGCCGACUCUGCCAAUCUCAUCAGACUUCAGAAGACCGUUCGUCCGGAUUGGAGAGUCACAAUUGCCCAGGGAGACUCCGAUGAGAAGAUUGUGAAGGACUUUUUGAAGCAGAACAAUCGAUUCCGUGAGAAACUUGCUGAUUUGAUCGCCUUCAUAAACACAGGAAAGCUGAAGACAGAACGGGAGACGGAGCAGCCGGUUGGAGUGCGAGAGAAGGUCGUUCCUCGUGUCGACAAGAGGCGGGCACGCAUUACUUCAGCUAAUAUUCGAGGAGCAGACGGGCCACUUGGAGAAUUGAGUGAAGAGUAUUCCGUGAAAGUGGUGAAGAGCGAAGGCAGCGGAGCGGAAGGUGCGGAAAGAAAAGAAGAGGGACGCGGAAGAGGAAGAUGGAGGAGUCGAGAGCAGAAGCAAGAGCAGAAGGACGAAGAGGAUGGGCAGGAGAAGGAGUGACGGAGACUCCGUUGUUUUGUAAUUAUUAGGUUCCUAGCAAUCGAUUGUUCUUGUUUUUCUAUAUCUCUUUUUCGUUACUCGGAGAGUAACUUACUCUUCAUGAAUUUUAUAGUUUCCUUCCUCUCUAUAUUUACUGUCGUUUAAUUUGGUUGAACUGCCAAUUCAUAUGUAUCUAUUGUUUUAAAAAAUUUCAGAAUUAUCAACUUGCUUUCAGGGUGGCCAUGACCAAGAAUACCUUUAACAGGAAGAAUGCGAAGAACGCGAAAAAUGUGAACGUCGCUGCGCAGAAAGUAAUCGAUAACUUGUUGCCGUGAGUUCUAUUGAGGCAAUUUCAAAGACCGAAACGGCAUUACAGUUUGGAAAAGAAGGAGGCUCCGAAGGUCGAAAAGCUGUACCAGAUAGGUAAUCAAGUGGACCUCGACUGGCAACCGUCGUUCUCGGCGGUCGUCAAGAUGCUUCUCUCGAUCCGAAUCGCUUCCGCUCUCUGGGGAAUCAUCAACGAUUGCGACGAAGUGUACAACUACUGGGAGCCAUUGCACAUGUUCCUCUAUAAAGAAGGAUUCCAAACAUGGGAGUACUCUCCGAUUUAUGCCAUCCGUUCCUACUUGUACAUCUAUAUCCACUACGUCCCUGCAAGCGUGUUCGCCUAUCUCUUCGAAGAUGCCAAAAUUGUCGUGUUCACGAUGGUUCGGUUGUUUAUCGGAGUGUUCUGUCUUUUCGGAGAAUAUUACGCCUACGAAGCCAUCUGCAAAAAGUGAGUCGAAUUCUUUCGGACUUCUCCCAAGGUCCUCUUAUCAGAAUCAACGUGUCUACGGGGCGAUUCUUUAUCAUGUUCACCAUGUUCUCUCCCGGAAUGUUCAUGGCCAGUACCGCCUUCCUUCCGUCUUCCUUUGCCAUGACAUUUGGAUUCUACAUGCUCGGAGCGAUCCUCAAUGAGAACUGGUAAGUAUUUCGACUUCAGUGUCUCACCUUACUCAUCUUUUCAGGCCUUUCGGUAUCUUCUGCGUCGCCUUUUCCACUUUGGUCGGCUGGCCGUUUGUGGCACUGCUAAGUCUUCCAUUGAUAUUGCAAAUGCUCUUGAUAAACAGAAAGUUCUUAUCCUUCUUCGGAUGGUCUGUUUUCAUCGGUAUUUGCAUCAUAGUCGUUCAAAUGCUCGUGGAUUCUUAUUAUUUCGGAAAAACUGUUGUGGUGAGUGGGAAGGGUGGCUGCUCCCGCUAUUGAAAUAAUCUUCAGGCUCCAUACAACAUCUUCGCGUACAAUAUUCUUUCUGGUCCUGGCUCCCAACUGUAUGGAACUGCGCCUCGGUCCUACUACAUCAAGAAUAUGUUCCUGAACUGGAAUGUCGCCUCAAUUCUCUGCUGGUUCAGCUUGCCGCUCUCUGCCAAACAUUUUGCGCGGUCCGUCACCAGUCCGACGGGACAAUUCUCGUGGACGGGUCUAAUCCGUUAGUUUUCCUGCAAACAAGCAAAAAAGUAUCCUUCUAUCUGUUCAGGAGGCUGCAUGACAUCCCCGAAAUCUUAUAAGCUUGGUCCUAUUGCCUUUUACGCCGCGACCGCCUCCAUCUGGUUUGUCGGGUUCCUAUGUGAAUCCCACAAAGAAGAGCGAUUCAUGUUUCCGAUUUACCCGCACGUUGCCUUCUUGGCCGCAAUCGCUUGCGAUGCGUUCGAUAGGCUUUAUCUGAGGGGACCGAAAGACGAGGGACGCGAAGCGAAGUACAUAACCCUCGUCCUCAUCGUGUUCAUCCUCUUCGGAGGUUCGAGAGUCUAUUCUAAUUAUAAGAACUAUGGAGCACAUGUCGACAUUUACAAGUCGCUUCAUGAUGAGUUAGCCGCCCACGAAUCUUUUGACAGAUUCCACGUGAGCUUCCCCUCCACUCUAUUCCGUUCUUAAUCCUGCUGAUUUCAGAAUCCGAUCAGAGUGUGCGUCGGAAAGGAAUGGCAUCGUUUCCCUUCGUCGUUCUUCAUCCCGCACAGUGUCAAAGACGCCAAAUUCAACGAGCGAAGAGUCGAAUACAGUUUCCUGCAGAGUGAAUUCCGUGGAAUUCUGCCCAAACCGUUCAGAAAAGCGCACAGCGUCGUGGACAUUACGAGACACAUCCCGAGCGAAAUGAACGAUCUGAACCAAGAAGAGCCAUCGCGAUAUGUGGAUCUGGAUUCGUGCGAUUACGUCAUUGAUGCGGACUUGGGAGGUGGCACUGAAAGAGAACCGAGCUACAAUGCCAUGGUAAACCGAUUGAUGUACUUCAAUUCAAUUUUUACAUUUUCAGCCGGAUAAACUGAUGUCGGUUGUGUCCAUGAAGUUCAUUGAUGCCGAGAAAUCGAGACAUUUCGUUUGCCGCGCCUUCUACCUUCCGAUCUUUUGCGAAUAUGUGAAUGCGUGGACAACCUACACCGUUUACCGCAAAGUGAUAAACUAA